GUCAGAGUUAACAGAAAGACAGAGAGGUGUUGCUGUAGUACGAAAUACGAUCUCUUGAAAAAUGACUGUAGUCCUACCAUUUCAAAUUCCUUCAGUCAGUCAGCAGCUCACAAUCCUGCUGCUAUGUUUGUGGAUUGCUACUGCUUCAUCAAAAAAUGGAAGUAUCACGUGUUCUAUACCAACCGUAGAGCUACUUCACGAUGCCAAUCUGACCUGUCAUUUUCCUGAGGACCUCAGUGCUACUAAAAAAGACUUCUCUGUCUACCACUACGAUAAAGGAGUGGAUUCAGAUGCUGUACUAGACUGUUGGUGGCAUUAUGGUGUUAUGGAGUGUAUUCAAAAACAAAAUGUCCACUUCAAUCGGAUCGUCGGUAGAACACUUAAUUUAACAUUCCAGAGUGUGACUUCAAACUAUACGGGCAUAUACGCUUGUCAAGUGCCUGGCUACGACGCAAGCUAUUAUAAGACCUGCACAUUACAAGUGAAGAUCGCACCGGCAAAGAUCUCACAACCAGCUGAUGAACAUAAUUAUUCCUUGCUUGUUGGUCUGUCUGUGGGAGUUUCGCUGUCGGCUGUACUUGUCAUCAUCGUCUUCCUUAUACUAAGGCAUAAAGGGAUUAUUUGUAACUUAGAAUCCCAUGUUUCCCAGCCUGGUUACGAAGAUCACCCGAUGUUACAGAUCGAGGAGGAAGAAAAGAGCCAGAAAGAGAUAAAAGGCAAGGUAGAAAAAAAUGCGAGAAGCUUUGACGACUAUUUAAAAGAAGAAGUCUUACUCAUGUUUCCAAACGUUUUCGAGGCUGUAUAUUUUGUGCCUCCCUUCUACUUUAACAAAACUCGAGACACGCCAUUUUCUGUGGCCGAUCAAGUUGUCAACGUCCUCCAACUUCCUGACCCAUGUGACGUCAGACACGACCGAGCCAUGCAGCACGUCCUCAACUGUUUACAUUACGUGGCGAUCCCAGGAGUAGAACAAAUGUUUGUCCUCACCCAGUUUAAGUACACUGACUACCUGAAAAGCAUCCCCGAGGAAUUCAGCAACCACCUGCUGCCUGUGUCUUCUCUUGCAAAUGAACACGAGCAAGACCGAAGUUUCGACUUCCUUAUUAUUCAUCGACGAUAUGGUGUGCUGGUUGGUGUUGUGAAAGAUUGUAGCAGUAUUAGUGACAAAAGAAAGUCUAAAAUUGGAACAAAUGCAGAAAGGGUGUGCAAAGUAUCAGAGGUCAUAGAACAAUUAAAGAGGGCUGGUGGAUUUGUUACGGAGGCUAUGUCAGACAAAGCAAAUUUCCCCAAGGUUCGCAAGGUCUUGGUAUUGUUCAAUUGUGCACAGCCAACAAUCGAAAGUAUUCCCCGAAUAAAUAAGAACCCAAGUGAGCUAUGGGCGAUAUCUUUUAAGACUCUUCCUGACUGUCUGGAACCUGAUUUUUGCCAAGUAAAGCAGUUUAAAGAAGAAUGGGAUAACAUGGCUAAGGAAAGUCAAGACAGCUUUACACUGAAUGAUCAGCAGUACUUAGAGAUAAUAGGGAGGUUCUGUGGACCAGCAACAACGCCUAUUCUUUCAAUGGAAAGUAAAUCAUAUCAGUUGCCCAAAACCUUCAGUCACGCUGUGUCAUUAACUGGAGAGAUCUUCGAGCGAAAUUUGCUGAUUCCAAAACUGACAGAGUUACUAAAUGAACCUUUUUUGUUCCUUGCUGGACCACCGGGUACGGGAAAAACGAGAAUUCUGGGACUGGUGGGGAGAAAAUGGGUUCUUGAGGGUCAUCCAGUGCACAUAAUUAGCACAUCGCCGGGAGGUAAACAAGCGGCUCGUCAUCUAAAGCACCUGAUCUCUAGUACAGUGUCUUCAGUACCAGUCAAAGUCUUCCACAUCAAAAUUGACUUAGGAAAAAAGAAGAGUAUCGAAAAACAGCUUGAUACCCUCGAAAAAAGUUUAAAAGAAGCCUAUAUCAUCGCGGUCGAGCUAAACUUUCAAAUGAAACAUGGCGCUAAAAGAAUUCUAGCUCCAGCAGCAAAGUUGGUUUUAUAUGGACGCGAGACGGUGAAGGCAACAGUGAGCUAUGUAAAAUCAUCAGAAGAUUUACCAACGACGAUCACUGAGUUUGACAUCGACAAUACGCCACCCACAGGAGAUAAUAUCCAGAGGAAGAAACGUGUCCAGUUCCUUUUUAAGGAUCUUCGUCGUCGUUUCCCCAACCUUCACAUGUGGGGCGCUGGCUGCACAGAAUUGGACCUCGAAGUUCCAGACCUGCGAGUGGAGUUCCUAACAGAAUGUUUAUCUUGUCCCCCUUCUGUGCGAAAAGAGGCGUGUGAGAAAAACCGUGUAUAUGGGGUGGGAAAACACAGUGAAAACCAGUAUCCUGUACCCACCAGUGGUCCACCAGUCAAGCACUUCUAUCACCAAGGUCAAGGACAUUUCAAGGAGCAUCCACCACAAGAGUGUACACUUUGCACGAAAGACAUGAUCAGCUUUUUGAUCCACGAUCUCUGCAUUAAAGAUGAAAGCACCAAGGCAGAUGUCACCCAGCAAGAGAUACAGGCCAAUCGUCCAUUGCGACCUGCUCCUAUUCAAUACAAUGACAUCUUAAUUUUCUUUGAAAGUGAUGUGAACAACAGUACACCAAUGGUAAAGUCUCUCGUGGCUGAAGGUAUACCGGUUACAGUUAUUAACCACCCGAAUCAGUCUACGGAAGUCAGGCAAGAAAAAAACUCCGUUUUGGUGGCAAAAUCCAGCCUGUAUCUGGGAUAUAGAAGAAAGGUGGUGGUGUUUGUGGAGGGCGAUACAGACAGUAACGACAUCAUUGUCAGAUGGAACAGGUUGCGAUGCUGGACUUGCUGCACUUCACAGCUGAUCCUGGUGCACAACGUGAAGACUUGAAGGAUUUCAUUUUGCCAACAAGCAAACACUUUAAUUUACCGUACAUUUCCUUGAAUUUUUCUGCAUUUUGUACUACCCAAUUUAUUUAAAAUAAUUCUUUUACAUUUUAUUUUUUGCUAGCUUAUGUAAAAAUGUGUUUGUGUGUUGAUAUAAUAUUGCCAUUUCUGUAUUCUGUUCAGUUCUAGGAGAAUUUUUCUAUAUACCAAAUUAAGAUCUUUGCGUAACUUGAUGGAUACUUUGAAAAUUAAAGAAAAAAAAUUAAUUAAUAAAAUAAAUAAUAAUCAUUUAUAUAAUAAUAAUAAUACAAAAAAGUGA